AUUGUUGUGUUUUGAAAAUAAGAUAUAAAGCAUUUGAACUUAUCAGAAACUUGUUUUUUUCGGGUAGUUCUGAACUUUUGCAAUUAACCUACCAAAUUUUUGGUUGAAUGAAAUGAAAAUUGAAGAAGAAUGAAACUUAACGAAAAUACAAAAAUAAUUGGCACUGGGGUCAUAUUAGUACCUUAUAAAAAGGAACAUGUCUUAAAAUAUCAUACUUGGAUGUUAUCAGAAGAUUUAAGAAAUCUUACUGCUUCAGAACCGCUUUCAUUAGAAGAAGAAUAUAUUAUGCAGCAAACAUGGCAUCUUGAUGAAAAUAAAUGUACAUUCAUUAUAUUAGAUAAAGAGAUAUACUCUCAAACAAAAGAUGAAAUUGGUGCUAUGAUAGGUGAUACUAAUUUUUUCUUCAGCAAUGAGAAUGAGGCUUUUUCUGCUGAAGCUGAAAUCAUGAUUGCAGAGGUUGCAAGUCAAGGGAAAAAAAGAGGAUGGGAAGCCAUGUUACAUAUGAUUUUAUAUGGCAUUGUCUUCAUUCAUAUUAAACAUUUUGUUGUGAAAAUUGGAGAAUCUAAUUCAAAAAGUAUAAAUAUGUUUCUUAAAAUGGGAUUUGUUACAACAAAGACUGUUGAUGUUUUUAAUGAAAUAACUAUGGAAAGAGAUGUAGAUUCUAAUUGGAUUGAAUGGAUUAAGUGUCAAUUACCAAUUCACGAAGUAUUAAACUGAUAAAAUUCAA